AUGCCUGUGAAAAAGAAAAGAAAGUCGUCCGGAUCCGAGGACCCCAGCAUCAGAAAGUGCAAAAUCACCAGUUACUGUAGGACGCAAACUCCAGGACGGCUGCUUAACCCAGAUGACCAGUUCUCUAGCAAGAAAUGUCUCGCCUGGUUUUAUGAAUAUGCAGGUUCAGAUGACAUUGUCGGACCAGAGAGCAUGGAGAAGUUCUGCGAGGACAUCGGAGUGGAGCCAGAAAAUAUUGUAAUGUUAGUUUUAGCCUGGAAACUUGAAGCAACAAAUAUGGGAUUUUUCACAAAAGAAGAGUGGCUGAAAGGAAUGACGUCACUACGUUGCGACUGCACAGAGAGAUUACAGGGCAAACUAGAUUAUAUGCGCUCUCAGCUGAAUGACCCGGUUAUAUUCAAGAACAUUUACAGAUACGCCUUCGACUUCGCCAGGGAUAAAGAUCAGCGCAGUCUUGAUAUGGACACUGCAAAAUCCAUGUUGGCACUUCUCCUCGGACGGACGUGGCCUCUGUUCCCAGUUUUCCACCAAUUUCUGGAGCAAUCAAAGUAUAAAGUCAUGAAUAAAGACCAGUGGUACAACGUCCUAGAGUUCAGCCGUACGGUUAACACAGACCUGAGCAACUAUGAUGAAGACGGAGCCUGGCCAGUGAUGCUGGAUGAGUUUGUGGAGUGGAAUAAAACCAGAAAUGCAUUAUAG